GGAAAACAUAUGUAAACAAAAGAGAAAUUUGGGGAAAUUGCGACUUUUGUAAAAGAACAAACAUUUUAAUAGCUUAGAACCAAAAGACAACACAUUUGGAUAUUCGUUUUGUAAUAUUUGAGUGGAAGGCAUAUAAAAAUACAUUAAAGGCAAGAGGUUAACUUAAAAUCCAACGAGAAAACUGCAAAAAACAUGGACUGCGCACCACUUAAUUUGGCUCAUUUCCACGAGCGCAGAUCAGAGCGUUUUAUACGCAAUCAUCGCUAUGAGGAGGCCAUAAAAGCGUUGGAGACUUCCCUAAUUUACAUGCAGGAUGCCCAAAAACGAGUGGCCCUGCCAAAAUCCAUUGAAGUUCUGAACACAUUAACGUUGGACUUCCAGCGAAAACUGCGCCAAAUUGAGAUGCGGAAAACACAGCAUGGCUUAAAUAAGUUAAAGGACUUUGCUCCGUUAAAGGAAACCAGUCCUAUGUUACCAUUGCGGCCGGAGAAUGGAUCAAGUGGAGCCGGAGGAUCCGCGCAAUCGGUGGCCAAGGCAAUUGAUAAAACAGUCCAGGAUUUCGAUGCCAAGUUUACAUCGUCUCUGGUGAUAAAAGUCCCCAACAAUUUGGCCAAUUCGGAGCCCCAAAUGGAGACGCUAAGAAAGAGUGAUCCCCUGAAGGAUGUGGAUGAGCGAGAUCCCUAUGAUAAUCACAGGCUCACGGGCAGCGAUGAUCUGGAUUUGCCCUCUUUGGCCCCUUUGGAACUGCCCUCCUUCGAUUAUAGUCUCUUCACCAGCUCAUCGGCUCCUUCUCUGGCCAGUUAUGCCGGCAUGGCCGAGAGCUUCCAGAAAUAGGCUAAGAACAAGGAUUUUCGGGCCUUUAAAAUGUCACUGAUUUUGUUUAAUUUCGAUCGGAAGAUUGGAAGAUCUCUUAAAAUACAAUGGCCUGUAGUUGAAAUUUUAUUACGCCAUGAAAAAAGGCUUAACUCUAAACUUACUUUUAAGCCCUUUUAUCUUUAUAAAAAUUUUCAAUUGUAGUGCCUUCAGUUUAAAAUUGUAAUGACCCCUUUAAAAAGCUUUACUUUUAAAAUACUUAAUCUGAAUGACUGCGUUUACAUAGUAAUUGACUUGCAAGACCUGCUAUUGGUUUUAAUUUCAGUUUUUUCAAGAUCAGUUUCCUUUUAACUGUAAAGGACCAGAGCAGUAAAGACUAGACUAAGAAAAUAAAAUCCCAAGUCCGCAAAUUCGUCACAAUGACAUAAAUAAGUAAGUAUCUCCAACUUUUGUAAACUAUAAUCUUAGUCAUGUUUUUAAUAUUUUAAGCGACAUUUGCUAUGAAAAAGUCCCAUAAAAAUGUACCGAAAUCUUUGAAGCUUAAGCCCAGACCCUGCCCUAUAAUAAUGAAAAAUAGGAGGUAUUUUGUAGUUA